UACAAGCGUACAGUCGACUCUCGUAGUUGACGGUCGGAGGGGGAGUGAGACUUGUAGUUUUCCCUUAAAGUGAAAUUGUCCGGGAAAAGGCAUUCGGAUUGUGUCUGCAUUAAAGGAAGAGGAUAGGUAUAGGGUAGAACGAGCUGUUUUUGCAAGCACUUUUUCUUCUCUUAGACAGCGGAGUGAAGUUUUCAACAUGCCGGUUUUCCACACGAAGACGAUAGAGAGUAUCCUGGAGCCCGUGGCUCAGCAGAUAUCUCACUUAGUGAUCAUGCACGAAGAAGGUGAGGUGGACGGUAAAGCGAUACCGGAUCUCACCGGACCCGUGGCUGCCGUUCAGGCUGCUGUCAGCAACCUCGUGAGGGUGGGGAAGGACACCGUUCAGACAACGGAGGACCAGAUUAUGAAAAGAGACAUGCCCCCGGCCUUCAUCAAGGUGGAGAAUGCCUGCACCAAGCUGGUCCAGGCCGCCCAGAUGCUGAAAGGCGAUCCCUACUCCGUCCCCGCCCGCGAUUACCUCAUCGACGGCUCCAGGGGGAUCCUCUCCGGGACCUCGGACCUGCUCCUGACUUUCGACGAGGCCGAGGUUCGCAAAAUCAUCCGUGUCUGCAAAGGUAUUCUGGAAUAUCUGACCGUGGCAGAGGUUGUGGAAUCAAUGGAAGAUCUCAUCACUUACACUAAAAAUCUAGGACCAGGAAUGACAAAAAUGGCGAAGAUGAUUGACGAGCGCCAGCAGGAGCUCACCCACCAGGAGCACAGAGUGAUGCUCGUCAACUCCAUGAACACGGUGAAGGAGCUGCUGCCUGUUCUCAUAUCAGGUAUUAAAAUCUUUGUGACGACGAAGAGCACAGAGAGCCAGGGCGUGGAGGAGGCGCUGAAGAACCGCAACUUCACCUUCGAGAAGAUGAGCGCGGAGAUAAACGAGAUCAUCCGCGUCUUGCAGCUCACCUCCUGGGACGAGGACGCCUGGGCUAACAAAGACUCUGAGGCCAUGAAGCGAGCUUUAGCACUCAUUGACUCCAAGCUGAAUCAGGCCAAAGGCUGGCUGAGAGACCCUAAUGCCCAACCAGGGGACCCCGGGGAGCAGGCCAUCCGGCAGAUCCUGGACGAGGCGGGGAAAGUCGGGGAGCUGUGCGCCGGGAAAGAGCGCAGAGAGAUCCUGGGCACGGCCAAGAAUCUGGGGCAGCUGACCGAUCAGGUGUCCGACCUCCGCGCCAGAGGGCAGGGGGCCACUCCUGUGGCCAUGCAGAAGGCCCAGCAAGUGUCCCAGGGCCUGGAUGUCCUCACAGGGAAGGUGGAGAACGCGGCACGCAAGCUGGAGGCCAUGACCAACUCAAAGCAAGCUAUCGCCAAGAGGAUCGACGCUGCGCAGAAUUGGCUGGCUGACCCCAAUGGCGGCGCCGAGGGAGAGGAGAACAUCCGCGCUCUCCUGGCGGAGGCCAAGAAGAUCGCCGACCUCUGCGAGGACCCCAAGGAGAGGGAGGACAUCCUGCGCUCAAUGGGGGAGAUCGCCGCGCUCACCGCAAAGCUCUCCGAGCUCAGGAAACAGGGUAAAGGGGACACUCCCGAAGCCAGGGCCUUAGCCAAGCAGAUCGCCACGGCCCUCCAGAACCUGCAGUCCAAGACCACCAAGGCGGUGGCCAACACCCGGCCGGCCAAAGCAGCCGUCAACCUGGAGGGAAAGAUGGAGCAGGCCCAGCGCUGGAUCGACAACCCCACUGUGGAUGACCACGGAGUGGGCCAGGCCGCGAUCCGCGGGCUGGUGGCGGAGGGCCGGCGGCUGGCCAACGCCAUGAUGGGCCCGUACCGGCAGGAGCUGCUGGGGAAGUGCGAGCGCGUGGAGCAGCUGAUGGCCCAGCUGGCGGAGCUGGCGGCCCGGGGGGAGGGCGACUCCCCACAGGCGCGCGCGGUGGCCGAGCAGCUCCAGGAAGCCCUGAAGGACCUGAAGGGGAAGAUGCAGGAGGCCAUGACCCAGGAGGUGUCUGACAUCUUCAGUGACACCACCACCCCCAUCAAGCUGCUGGCAGUGGCAGCCACCGCACCCCCGGACGCCCCCAACAGGGACGAGGUGUUUGAAGAAAGAGCUGCCAACUUCGAGAACCAUGCCAACAGACUGGGCGCCACGGCGGAGAAGGCGGCAGCUGUGGGAACAGCCAACAAGAGCACAGUGGAGGGCAUCCAAGCAGCCGUGAAGUCAGCCAGAGAAUUAACACCACAGGUUGUUUCUGCUGCUCGCAUUCUACUGAGGAACCCUGGAAACCAGGCCGCGUACGAGCAUUUCGAGACCAUGAAGAAUCAGUGGAUUGACAAUGUUGAAAAAAUGACUGGUUUGGUGGAUGAAGCCAUCGACACCAAGUCGCUGCUGGAUGCCUCCGAGGAGGCCAUCAAGAAGGACCUGGACAAAUGCCGCGUGGCCAUGGCCAACGUUCAGCCCCAGAUGCUGGUUGCCGGGGCCACCAGCAUCGCCCGCCGGGCCAACCGCAUCCUGCUGGUGGCCAAACGGGAGGUGGAGAACUCCGAGGACCCCAAGUUCCGGGAGGCGGUGAAAGCGGCUUCAGACGAGCUCAGCAAGACCAUCUCCCCCAUGGUGAUGGAUGCCAAGGCUGUGGCGGGAAACAUUCAGGAUCCAGCCCUGCAGAAAGGUUUCCUGGACUCUGGCUACAAGAUCCUGUCGGCCGUGGCCAAGGUGAGGGAGGCCUUCCAGCCUCAGGAGCCUGACUUCCCUCCUCCUCCUCCGGACCUGGAUCAGCUGCACGUGAAUGAUGAGCCAGCUCCGCCCAAGCCCCCCCUCCCUGAGGGCGAGGUGCCACCCCCCAGACCCCCUCCCCCGGAGGAGAAGGACGAGGAGUUCCCCGAGCAGAAGGCGGGUGAGAUGGUGAGCGAGCCCAUGAUGGUGGCCGCUCGCCAGCUUCACGAUGAGGCCCGCAAGUGGUCCAGCAAGCCUGAAGUCACUGGUGGUUUUGUGACCGCUGAGGCAGGCGUAGAUAUAAAUGCUGAGGACGAAGCGGACGAUAUUGAGUUCACCCUCCCCUCAGACAAUGACGACGAGUACGAGCCAGAGCUGCUCAUAAUGCCCACCAAUCAGCUGGUUAACCAGCCCAUGCUGGCCGCUGCUCAGUCUUUACACGAGGAAACGCGCAAGUGGUCCAGUAAGGGUAAUGAUAUCAUUGGAGCUGCCAAGCGAAUGGCUCUGUUGAUGGCAGAGAUGUCCCGCCUGGUCCGUGGUGGCAGCGGAAACAAGCGCGCCCUCAUUCAGUGCGCCAAGGACAUCGCCAAGGCUUCCGAUGAGGUCACCCGCCUGGCCAAAGAGGUGGCCAAGCAGUGCACCGACAAAAGGAUCCGCACGAACCUGCUGCAGGUAUGUGAGCGCAUCCCCACCAUCAGCACACAACUGAAGAUCCUGUCCACGGUCAAGGCCACCAUGUUGGGUCGGACCAACAUUAGUGAGGAAGAGUCCGAGCAGGCUACUGAAAUGUUGGUCCACAACGCUCAGAACCUGAUGCAGUCUGUGAAGGAGACUGUGAGAGAGGCGGAGGCUGCUUCCAUUAAGAUCCGGACAGAUGCCGGGUUCACCCUGCGCUGGGUUAGGAAGACCCCCUGGUACCAGUAAGCAGAGCUCCUGUUCCUCAGCCCAGCACGGCCUUCCCAGGCGAAAAGAUCCAUCUGUACAGCGGCGCCGGCAAGAGCAACUUGGAUCCAAAAUUCACCUUAAACUAUCCUCUUAUCCUUCAUUUGGACUGUUUGGGGGAAUAAAUAAUUAAGUAAUUAUCAGUGAAAUCCCUUUGGGAUUUUCAGUUUUUUUUCAAAGGUUUGAGAGCUACCUUCAGCAUCAACCAUGCAAGAAUGUACACUAGAAGACAAUCCAGUCAAGCAAGACAUACUAUACAACUAGUAUAGAUUUUUUUUUGCUGGGAAUUUAAUUUUUUGAUAAUGUAAAAAGGAAACUAACAAAAACAUUAUUUUUGGUAUGUUGGGUUUUGAGAGUUUAUGCAAAAUCCCAGGUAUAUAUUUUUUGAGUGGAGUUUCUAUUUUGGUAUCAAGUGGAGUUAAGACCUUUUUUUACUACUAAUGUCUGUCUCACUUAGCAGGAAUAUGAAAACUCAUUUUGAAGAGAACUGUUUCUAUUCCAGUCUCAAUGUCAGGAUUUUCUUCAUAGCAAAAUUUUAUAUGUUUGUAAUGGCUAUCAACAUUUAAUUAUUUCUGUAAUCAGAAAUGUCACCUUUGCCUGUACGAGCAGAUAAACACAGGGAAAAUAUAUAAAUAAAUAUUCACACAGAAUGAUGCAAAAUUGUAUUCUGGCUGUUCACACUAAGCUAUAGUAUUGUAACUUAAAAAACACUGUUCUUGAUAUUUAUUUGCUAAGGUGAAAUUGGGAUUGCUUUUAUAUCACUUUUUACACCAAUGACGUACUUAGUCAGCUUCAUAGUGUGUAUAUUCUACCAUAAUGCAUUUUCUUUUCAUGCCAUAAAUAAUGCCAAAGAUUCUUCCGUAAUGGUUUAAUAAAAUUUUCACUUACGUUUGUAUUCUAGCAAUACCAGAAAACACUAAGGGCUAGUUUAUUUAGCAUUGUAUAUGAUAAAGGUGUCAACAGUUUUUGGGGUUUUUUCCACCCGAUUGAGUAAAUGAGAGAAAGACCAUACGUAACAAGACUACAUAUUAAAUGUUUAAGAUUGAGGGAUAUUUAGAAGUUGGAAUCAAUUUUUGCUUUUUGUAAAAACAAGAAAAAAUUUAAUUUCAGCAUUUUAGUAGCUAGCUCUACGAAAAAGAGAUAUGUGUAAUUUUGUUGCAGUGAGAUUAUGUGGACUACUUUCUGAGAUGAAUGGCAACGAUACAAGGCCUGUAAGCGGUUGGACUGUCUUUUUGUACUGUUUUGUGGCACUCAUCAAACUUUAUGUUUUAGCUUCAUGAAAUUCAAGCGUCAGUGUUAUUGACCUGUAUUUUACCACAUAACACAUUGUUGCGUUUGUUUUCAAACAAGGGUGCGAGAGCAAAUGCUUUACCUGCCAAGGGCGGUUUGUGAAUUACAUGCAGGAUGUAUGUCCCUGGUGGAUUGUGUUAAUGAAGUGCAGUGCAGUGCUUCAUGUGUCUCUAUCUACAACUGAAGGCUGUUAAACCAAGUACUGUGUUAAAUUCUUUAUCCUAUACUUGCAGCUGUGUCCUUGACAGAAAAUAUAUUCCUGCAUGUCUGCUCAUUAAUAUGUCUUUUCUUGAAUGUACAACCCAUUGUACUUCAUUGACAGUAUGACAGCCCCUAAGUAGUGAACAGAAUUUUAUGAAGGUAGUAUUUUAACCACAAUGUCUGUGUGGUGGUAGGAAAAAAAUAUAGCUGGUAAACGUUAAACAGCUUGAAUAAUACCUACUGCAGUGUGAAUGUAAAUAUUCUUUUGCAGUCUUGAUUUACAGCACCCCAUAAAGCUAUUUGAACUAUGUGCCUUGGAAUAAAACAUUUGUCUCUAAAUAUAA